AACGGAUUGUUUCGGAUUUUAUCGUCGAAAAGUGACACAUGUUUGUGAAACUCAAUUAUUUUGGUAAUCUUUUUAAAUAGUUUCCUGAAUUAAAUUAUAAAAAUCAAAAUGCCGAAAAAGGAUCGAAAAAAGAAAGGAGACGAUGACGACUGGAAUGACGAAGAGGCUGAAAAGAAACUGGAAGAAAGAAUGAAAAAUCUGGCAACAGAUGACGAACCGGAGAAGAAAUCCAAGAAGAAAAAGGAUCGGAAAAAGAAAGGAGACGAUGACAACUGGAAUGAUGAAGAGGCUGAAAAGAAACUGGAAGAAAAAAUGAAAAAUCUGGCCACAGAUAACGAGCCGGAGAAGAAAUCCAAGAAGAAAAAGGAUAAAAAAAAGAAAAAUGAUGAUGACGACUGGAAUGACGAAGAGGCUGAAAAGAAACUGGAAGAAAAAAUGAAAAAUUUGGCUGCAGAUGACCAGCCAGAGAAGAAAUCGAAAAAGAAGGAGAAAAAGAGCAAGCUAAAGGAGUUGGCAGAGUUCCUAGCUGAGGAGGAGGAGGAGGAGGCAAAACCAGAACCAGAACCUGAGAAAAAGGGAAAAGACAAGAAACGUGACAAGAAACAGACAAAACCGGAAAAGGUGCGAGAACCAUCCCCUGAGCCUGAAGAACCGGAGGAUGAUGAAGACCGUGACAGGGUGGGACACAGCGGCAACGAGGAGAAUGGUGUGGAGAUGGAAACAGAUGAUGUGGUGAAGCCAAAACUUAGCAAAAAAGAACUGAAAAAGCUUAAGAAACAGAUGGAGUAUCAGAAACAACUAGAAGACCUGGAUCCCAACAGCAUCCACCAGUUCUCCAUAUCCCAGGCAGAGAAGUCCUCCAAGGCUGCAGUCUUGGAGAACCAGCUGGAUAUCAAGGUGGAAAACUUCUCCAUAUCUGCAAGAGGCAAGGAGUUGUUUGUGAACGCCAACCUGUACAUCACGGCUGGACGGAGAUAUGGGCUGGUGGGCCCUAAUGGCCAUGGAAAGACAACCCUGUUGAAGCACAUUGCAGCUCGGGCCUUGAACAUCCCUGCUAACAUUGAUGUGCUCUACUGUGAACAGGAGGUGGUUGCUGAAGACAUGCCUUCACUUGAGGUGGUUCUUAAAGCUGAUGUGAAGAGAACAGCACUGCUGGAAGAGGAGAAGAGGCUCGUGGCCGAGUCAGAGGCAGGAAACACCAAGAACACGGAGAGACUCAAUCAGGUAUAUGAGGACUUGAGAGCUAUUGGUGCAGACUCUGCUGAAUCAAAGGCCCGCCGUAUCCUGUCGGGCCUGGGGUUCACAGUAGGCAUGAUGGACCGACCCACAAAGUCCCUUUCUGGAGGCUGGAGAAUGAGGGUGUCUCUGGCCAGAGCGCUGUUCAUUGAGCCCACUCUAUUGAUGUUGGAUGAACCAACCAACCACUUGGAUCUGAAUGCUGUUAUUUGGCUGGACAAUUACCUGCAGACGUGGAAGAAGACCCUUCUCGUUGUGUCACAUGACCAGAGUUUCCUUGACAAUGUGUGCUCAGACAUCAUUCAUCUUGAUCAGCAGAAGCUUUUUUACUAUAGAGGCAACUAUGGGGCCUUCAAGAAGAUGUUGGUACAGAAACGUAAGGAGCAGUUGAAGGCAUUUGAGAAACAAGAGAAGCAGAUCAAAGAUGAUAAGUCAUCUGGAAAGUCCAAGAAGCAGGCUGAGUCGAAAGCUAAGGAGGCGUUGACUCGGAAACAGCAGAAGAACCGCUCCAAGAUGGAGAUGUUUGCUGAGGAGGAGAAGAAGACAGAGUUGCUACAGAAACCCAAGGAGUACAUCGUCAAGUUUCGCUUCCCCAGCCCCUCAUCUCUCAGCCCCCCGAUACUUGGAAUAUCAAAUUGCACAUUCACUUAUGGAUCUGGAUCUCCUCUAUUUAAAGACCUUGAUUUUGGAAUCGACAUGAGCUCUAGAGUGGCAAUUGUGGGUCCCAAUGGAGUGGGCAAGAGUACAUUCCUGAAGCUUCUAGUAGGAACUCUGCAACCUACUACCGGAGAAUUGCAGAAGAAUCAUAGAUUGAGGAUUGGCAAGUAUGACCAGCAUUCUGCUGACCAGCUGGUACCGGAUGAGUCUCCUAUAGAACAUCUGCAGCGUAACUUCAACAUGGACUACCAGUUGUGUAGGAAGACGCUGGGCAGCUUUGGGUUGCCGGGUCACUCUCACACCAUCAAGAACAGGGACCUGUCUGGGGGACAGAAAGCUCGCGUGGCACUGGCAGACCUCACAUGUAGACAGCCAGAUGUGCUUAUAUUGGACGAGCCUACCAACAAUCUUGACAUUGAGUCCAUAGACGCACUGGCAGAGGCCAUAAAUGACUUCAAGGGAGGUGUGGUGAUAGUGAGUCACGAUGAGCGCCUGAUACGAGAGACAGACUGCAACCUCUGGGUGGUCGAGAAUAAGACUAUUAAUGAGGUUGAUGGAGACUUUGACGACUAUAGGAAAGAACUCUUGAUGCAAAUGGGUGAAACUAUAGCAACCCCCGGCAAUGUAGGAGCCACGGAAUGAGUUCAAUGUGCAACUUUACGAUGGAAAAAUUACUUGUAUUUAUUGUCAUGUUCUGUGUAACAUCUGGGUCUAGUUGCUGACGUGUUCAAUCAGCUGUUAAUUGUAAUAUAAUUAUUUUUUAUUUAAACAAGAACAAUCUGUUUGAAAGAGAUUUAUGUAUAUUAAUUCGACUUCCAUUUUCAACUUGUAUUGUAUACUUGAAUGAUCAAUUUAAAGAAGUAUUCACUUUUUGUUCUCUGUUUUGAGCAAUCUAUAAACAGUGGUUUCUGUACUGGAAAUUAUUGUUGAAUAUGAACACAACCUGAGAUUGUUGCAUACUAAAAAUAUAAAUAAAACAAUAAAUAUAUUUAGUC